AUGCGCUUCACUCCUGUUCUAAGUCUCCUCCCAUUCGCGCUUGCUCUUCCUCGUAUACCUCGCGAUGCCGCAUCUCUUGCUCCCCAAGUCCUCGAGCAGAUCGCCACCCUCAACUCGUCCCUCACUUCCCUGACCACAGCCGUCAAUGCCUUCGACGGCACCCUGCUGCACGUUAUCCCGCAGUCGCUCGCAGUCAUUACCGCCGAGACCGCUCUCGAUGCCGCUACGCUGAAGACGACCUUCAUCACUAAGUCAAGCGGCAACUUCACUCAGACAGAGAGCAACAGCGUGGUCGCCGGUUUGGCAAAUUUGAUCGCGCCCAUUCAGACCAGUUUGACGGCGCUGAGUGCGAAGUACGAGGUUUUCAAGAAGACAUUGGAGUCCCCGAUCGUGUUGCUUGACUUGAAGAUCCUGAAGGCGCAUACGGAUGACUUGAUCGAUGCGGUCACGGCCAAGGUGGUGCCUGCGAGCGCGGGUCUGCUUGGGUUUGGCAAGGGUAUCAUUGAUAAAGCGUUCGAUGAUGCCAUUGCAGUAUACCAGGGAAGCUAG